AUGCCGUCGAAACGACGAGCAGUUACUGUAGAUUCAGAUACCGAGGCUGAUGUCUCUCAAACCUCCAAGCGAGCGCGCACUGGUGGUGAGAACCGUGAAGUCCCUGUCGCGACUACAUCGAGAACCAGGUCGCGUCGCGGUGAAGACGGCGGGGAAGACAAUGACGAACCCAUUGUGGUUGACGAGGAAGAAGACGUUCAGGAAGAUUUUCCACCCAACGCUGAUGACGAAAAGAAGUUUGAGGAGCAGCAUGAAGAGCUAAUUCGUGCCAAGGUCAUGAAUCAGAACAAGCACCUAGGAAGCAUUGCGGACAUGGGUAUCAUUGAGAAGCUCGAGCUACACCAAUUCAUGUGCCACAAGUACCUGGAAUUCACGUUCGGCCCUCAGAUUAAUUUCAUCAUUGGUAGGAGUGGCAAGAGUGCCGUACUUUCUGCUUUGACCGUAGCUCUCGGAGGUAAAGCCACCAUGACAGGACGAGGUUCUGGUCUGAAAUCUUUUAUUCGUGAGGGCCAAGCUGCGGCAGAGGUAACUGUCAUCCUCAAGAACCAGGGAGAAGACGCGUACAAGCACGAUGUCUAUGGCGACAGCAUCAUGAUCACGCGCCGCUUCACGAAGGAAGGCUCGUCAUCGUAUAAGAUCAAGUCAAAAGAUGGCAAAGUCGUCUCUACCAAGCGAGAUGAGCUGUCGGCGAUAUGCGACCACAUGAACAUUCAGGUUGAUAACCCCAUGAACAUUCUCACACAAGGUCCUCAAUUCCUGAGCGCAUCCCAACCUGCAGACAAAUACAAGGCACGUUUGACCUCUUUCCAUUUUUUCCUUCGCGGCACACAGCUCAGCCAGCUCAGCGAGGAAUAUUCGACGUGUCUCGAGAACAUUUCCCAGACGCAGAAGGUCCUGAAGGCGAAGUCAGAGAUUCUCCCUGACUUGGAAGAACAGUUAGAGGAAGCUACAGGUCGUUUCAAGGAAGCUGAGAAGGCUCGUAACUUGAAACACAAAGCUGACGACUUGAAGAAAGAGAUGGCUUGGGCACACGUUGCGACCAAGGAGCAGGAAUUGAGUGAGAAGAUCCAGGAUCAUGAGAAGCUGAAGGCGAAGAUUCCCAAGAUUGAGGAGAAGCUUCGUGAAGCCGAAGUGAGCUUCUUAAUCCUGGCAGCGGAGGAUGAGAUUCGGCUAGCUGAGCAGCGGAUCACGGAUCUUGGCGACAUUAAGGACUUGAAGAACCAGGCCAAAGAGCUGCAAGAGACAAUCAAUGAGGGGAGGAAGAAACUGAGCGUAAUCAAGGAUGAUCAGAAGGAGAUUAACUUCUUGAAGAUUGCCAACGAUAAGAAGAUCGAAGAAUACAAACGCAAGGUUCAAGAAGAGCAGAGGAAGGUGGACGAGUUCUCGCAUGAUAAGCGACAGGAGACCCAGCGCGAGCUUCAGGAAGCCAUCGAACAGUACAAUGCUACCAAUGCAGGUCUCAGUGUUCUACAAUCGCAGCGCCAACAGGCAGAGCAGGAGAUUCGAGACACUCGUACUGUACACGAUAGCUUGGGGGGCGAUAUCGAGCGGCAGAAGCGCGAAAUCUCGGACUUCGAGAGCCAGCUGAACAUGCUUGCCCAGCGAGAACGUAACAAGCUGGCGCCGUUCGGCAAGAACUUGGAACACGUGCUCGCGGAUAUCGGCAGGCAGCAAUGGCAUGGACGUUCUCCUAUUGGUCCACUGGGUCAGUACGUGCGCGUGCGCGACCAGGUGUGGGCACCUCUCAUGCGAGUGCGCAUCGGUGCAAUGAUGUCCGCUUUCGCUGUCACCGACACCCGCGAUCGCAAGACACUCGAGGCGAUUCUCAAGCGUCAUGGCAACAACCCCCAAAUUAUUAUCUCGGAAGUUGAUCUUUUUGACUACAGUCGCGGUGAGCCUGCACAAGGCUUCAUGACUGUACUACGUGCACUUGAUAUCUCCAACGAGUGGGUUCUGCGUCUCCUGAUCAACGCCUUCUCGAUCGAGAGCAUCCUCAUCGCCGAGACCCGUAAAGAUGCAGACGACCGCCUGCGGGAUCUCGGCCACGGUGUUGCCUGGACAUCUGAUGCGUACACUGUUGAGCGUUACCGGCGAGUAUAUGCUUCGCUCCAUCUGCGGCUGGUCACUUACCCGUCUACAGAACGGGAGGAGGUAGCUCCAAGUUGGCACCGCAGCUACGACCACAAGAUCCUAGGCACCAGCUGUUCACUAGCGGAGAUAUCAGCCAGGACAGAAGAGUUUUCACAAAUACUAUCCCGCUAUACUGACGAGGGUAUGCAGCGGCAAGAGUCUCACCUACACCAGCAACUCCGCACCAUUAAAACCGCACGCGAUGCGCUGCAAGAUGAGGCUAACGAAGCACUCCCAGUCGGCGUGCAGGUCCUUCAGCAGGAGCUUGAGGCCGCUGAAGAGGAGCAACAGAGUCUUAUCUCUCAGUUCAAAGAAGUUUCUUUACAAGAACACGCCGUUAAUCUCGAGCAGAGGCCUCUCAUCGAGAAGCACAAUCAAGUCAAGAGUUUGAUCAGGGAUUAUAACGGGCGCAAUGCAGAGCUAGUGGGCACCAUGCAAAAUGCGACCGAGAAGCGUCUAAGUGCGCAAAGUGACAUGGGCCACUGGGCCAAGAAGCUCGAAGACGAACAGGCGAAGAUCACCGCUGCGGGCGAGGUCGUUGACCAAGUCCAGAUGGAAUUUAAGGAAUGGUCAGAGAAGGCUCAGCGAUUCUGUGAACGCAUCGAAAACCCGCGUAAAGUGCAAGAUAUUCAGCGCCAGUUGGAGUCUGUGCAAAGGGCUCUGAAGGAGCGCGAGAAAACGCAAGGUGCUUCCGUUGAGCAGAUGGCCAUCGAAGUCAACAAGAGAAAGGCCGCUCUAGACAACGCCAAGCGGGAGCUGCGGACGAUGCUUCAGCUGAACAAAUCUCUACGCAAGUCCAUUCGUGUUCGUCUCGCCAGAUGGCACGAAUUCCGUCGCCACAUUGCGCUCAGAUGCAAGAUCUACUUUUCGUACCAUCUCUCGAACCGUGGUUACUUCGGCAAAGUCCUCUUCGACCACGUUGGAGGCACUCUGCAGCUUAAGGUGCAAACAGACGAUCAAGCCGGAACACAGGGCGGCAACCGAGAGAAGGAUCCGCGGUCGCUCAGCGGAGGCGAGAAGUCGUUCUCGACCAUCUGUUUGCUACUCUCGCUGUGGGAAUCAAUCGGCUGUCCCAUCCGCUGUCUUGUGGUAGACGAGUUCGACGUAUUCAUGGACGCCGUCAAUCGGCGUAUCAGCAUGCGGAUGAUGAUCGACACUGCCAAUGCCUCGGACCGCAAGCAGUACAUCCUCAUUACGCCACAAGACAUGACAAAUAUCCAAAUUGGCAAGACGGUGCGUGUGCAUCGUAUGUCCGAUCCCGAACGUGGACAAGGCUUGCUGUCAUUUUGA